UGGGACCCGGAUUGGCGCUAUAUAGAUGACAGGUUGUGCCUUCUUCUGAAAUCUGAUAUCAGAUCGAUGGAUCAGUGAUCGCGCCUUACUUAAUCGAGGAAUUAAUAAGAACAGAAUCCCCAUUUCCAAAACGGAAGUCACAGCAAGGCUGGAGAUUUUGAAUGAUCUCGUUGAUCUUUCGACGUACUAAGAGUGCUUUCCGUGCCGAGACUCUGGGUCCCAAAGCUGUCAUUCGAGCAUCCUUUUCAAGAGCAGAGCCUCGAAGAAAUUUCACGUCAAGCACUGUCAUCCUAGCUGCCAUGAGUUCAGACCAGCAAAAUACAGUGCCUAAGAGAGCAGUAGGGAAGAAGUUUGUGAUUGCUUGCGAUGGAACUUGGAUGAACAGUGAUUCAGGAGUCGACAGUACAGCUUUCGCUCCUCCCACUGCACAAGUCCCAACAAAUGUAACACGCAUCGUGAGAGCACUCAACCACAGAGACCAAAAUGGUAUUCCUCAAAUCGCAUUCUACCAACGAGGGGUCGGUACAGAUAGCGACGCGGAAGACAAGCUAGUGAGCGGUCUCAGUGGCGACGACAUCUCUGAACAUAUUCGAGAAGCUUACGCUUUCGUUGCAAACAACUUUGAUCCACAAACGCAAGAAGAUCUGGAUGACGCUUCGAAACCCAUUGACGAGAUUACCAUUCUAGGAUUCUCACGCGGUGCUUACACGGCAAGAUGUAUUGCGACGAUGAUCACUGAUAUCGGACUAUUGACCAAAAAGGGAAUGGAGAAUUUCUGGGGUAUUUUUGGGGACUGGAUGAAGCAAGACAUGAAGGGAAAUGAGAGCGAGUGGUUUAAGUCGGCCUAUGGGAAGUUCGUUCCGUUCACGGAUCCAGAGUAUCGUGGAACUCUGAUUAAAGAAAAAUUAACGAGGUGGGGAAUGCCAAUUCGUGCAGUGGGCUGCUGGGAUACGGUCGGUGCUUUGGGAAUUCCUCUGCCUUGGAGCGCCGAGAAUGUCAAGCCCUACUCCUUCGUCAACACCAAGGUCGCUCAGCACGUACAGCACGCCUUUCACGCACUAGCAAUUGAUGAGCAUCGGAAUCUCUUUUCGCCAACUCUGUGGGAGCAACCGGAUGAGCCACAUAAGCUCAAUGUACUCAAGCAGUGCUGGUUUCCCGGAUCCCAUUCGAACAUUGGUGGCUCUUGGCCAGACGCUGGCAUUUCCAACAUUUCCUUGGCCUGGAUGAUCAGCCAGCUAGAAGAUACGGAUGGAGGAAUCCUGUCUUUCGACCCCGAAUAUCUGAACUUUGUUCAAGAUCUUGCAAACAAAUACUAUACCAAAGUUGGUGAACCUAUCAGACCAUGGGGCUUUGGCAAGCUGUACGAUUCUUCCAUUAUUGAUGGUGCAGUUACUUUCACCGAAGCAGUCACACCUAUCACCAGAACUCCAGGAAGAUAUCAUCAGAUAAGCUUAGAGGAUGGAAAACCAACGAUGAAACGAUUAAUGGACACGAACGAAUGCAUCCAUCGAUGCGUGAGAGUAAGGAUUGACGCCGGUGGACCGGGAAUAGAAGAAUUGGCUACGACUUCGGUCACAGGCAAGAUAUUCAACCUUGUGAAAGAACAAGUUGGCAUACACUCCCAAGUCAAGAAGGAAUUGGCUACGUACGUAAGUUCAGCUUUGACGAACUACGAAUUGCAGCAAGCUCCGAGCGUGAAAGUCGAGGUCGAUCAUGCCUAUGCAGGAUCAGGGGGUGUAUUCUGGAAAGGGAAAGAUGGGUUGGGGGACUUGCCCGAGGAUACACUUGGAAGGACGGAGAUCAGACUUUUGCAGAGGAGCGCGGAGAGGAAAUCUUAGAGCAACGUGGCAUGAGAACAGAGUGAUGCCGCUAAGGAUGCAGAGAGUGAAGGGUUCCAUAACUCGAGGGACAUUUGAGCGCGGUCGGAAUUUUCG